CCUUCUGCAGAGGGCGUGUUGUGAGGGUACCCAAAGGUCCUCUUAUUCGCGUACGGGGCACGGAGGUGGUGAUCCCUUGCAGCGUAAGUGACUACGAUGGACCCAGUGAACAGAACUUUGACUGGGAGUUCUCCCGAGAGACUGACUUUGUGCGGAUAGUGAGUACCUGGGAUUCCACAUUCACUUCUGAGGAGUACCAAAAACGCGUGGACCACGGGGAUAUCAAACUGAGACGGAGCAGCAACGAUGCUGUGGAACUUGUGAUUAGAAACAUCCAGCCAGCUGACCAAGGGAGAUACAAAUGCUCCACGCCCAGCACUGAUGCCACUGUUCAGGGAAAUUAUGAUGCAGAGGUCCAAGUGAAAGUGAUUUCCGACGGCUUAUUGGUGAGUGGUUCAAAAGCACGUUCCUCAAUGUCUCUCAGGCUGUCUGAGGGUGACUCCUUCAAGUUGCGCUGCUCAGCAAUUACCACCUCACCGGAGCACACUCACCUGCAUGUGACUUGGCAGAUCAAAAGUGGAUUGACUUGGCGGGACAUCCUAUCUUUGACUCAUGAGGGCAAAUUCCAGACAGGUCCUGGCUAUGAAGAGCGCUACCGUAACGGAGAUAUCCGCUUGGACACAGGAGCAAAUGACACAUAUCGGUUAUCUGUAUCCCAGGCCUCAUCACUGGAUGGGGGUGCCUACAGGUGUCUUGUGAGCGAGUGGGUGAGAGGAGCAGAUAGCUCAUGGCAGAAGAUUCAGGAGAAGAGCGUGGAGAUAGCAAGUAUGGCAAUCCAAAGGACUGCUCUAGAUGUGGUCAUCUCAACAAGCAAUGUGUCUGUGACCGAAAGAGACUCCCUGGAUCUUACAUGCAACAUCACAACAGACAGGAGUGGUAUUUUCCAAGCGGAGGUGAUGUGGUAUUUUUCUGCAUCACCUGAUGAUACCCUGUCAGAUGCUCAGGUUUUGCUGAGCAUGGACCAUGAUUCUAUUGUCAGUGAUUCAACUCUCAUCAGCCUGAGCCAUGUAGAUAGGAACUCCUAUCGCCUGUUGGUGCGUGAUGUGGAUGUUGAAGACUCUGGCUACUACUUCUGCCAAGCAGCUGUCUGGGUACCACUGCACAACGGGAGCUGGCAUAAGGUGGUGGAGAGGAUAUCUGCACCAGUCAGUGUGGUGGUGACAGCAUUAGAGCCAGACUAUGAGGUAUUUCUGAACGCCUCUAAAACACCCAAGUUUUCAGAUGACCCCACAGAGCUCAACUGUAGGAUCACAAAUGCACAAGACACCGAAGCAAAUAUCCGCUUCACGGUUUCCUGGUACUACAGGCCGCGACUGCGCAGUGACGAUGUGGUGGCAGAGGAACUCCUGGCCACGAUGGAUGCAGACUGGACUCUGCUGCUUGGGGACAGGAGCAGAGAGCGGACUCAGAAUGGGGAAAUAAUCUUCUCUAAAAAGGCUGUUGACACCUUCAGUUUACGAAUCCAGUGGACUUCAGAAAGUGACAGAGGGGAUUAUUUCUGUGUUAUCUCUGCGUGGAGUCGGCACCGCAACAACAGCUGGGUAAAGAGCAGAGAUGUGACUUCUGCACCUGUCAGCAUUUUCUGGGCUACACAAGAUUACACGCUUACAGUGGAGGCGGUGAAACUGAAGCCAUUCUUUGUAGCAGGACACACCUUUGAGAUGACAUGCAAAGUGUCUUCAAAAAACAUCAAGACGCCACGCUAUUCUGUCCUCAUUACUGCUGAGAAGCCACUAACGGAUCAGUCAAAUCCCAAUGGAACCACUCGCAUAAUCUCCUUGAACCAGGAUUCAGUAGUGCGACUGGAAGACUGGACAGACCAGACUCGUGUGGACGGCGUGGUUCUGGAGAAGGUCCAGGAGAAUGAGUUCCGCUACAGGAUGUAUCAGACCCAGAUUUCUGAUGCUGGGCUGUAUCGCUGUGUGGUGACUGCCUGGUCUCCAGGUGGUGGUGGCAUGUGGCGUGAAGCGGUGAAUGGCUUAUCCAACCCUAUCCAGAUAGACUUCCAGACAUCAGGUCCUGUGUUUAAUGUCUCGGUGCAUUCUGACAACCCGACGAUUUACCAGGGUGAACUGGCAGAUUUGCUGUGUAUCGUCACAAUGGAAGGAAUGGUACUUGAGCCAGAUGAUAUGUCCUUUGAUGUCUCCUGGUUUGCUGUGCGCUCCUUUGUGUUGGACAGAGAGCCUGUCUUGCUGGCCUCACUGGACCGGAGAGGGAUUGUCACACAGAGCAGGAGAAAUGGGAGCAGUGAUCUCAGCCUGGAGAGAAUCAGCCCACUGGAAUUCCGGCUCCGCGUGCAUGGCUGUGAGGACCACGACUUUGGGAACCACUACUGCAUAGUGACCCCGUGGGUGAGAUCUGCCACUGGCGUAUGGCAGCGGGAACCUGACAUCAAAGCCAAACCCAUCUUUCUAUCUGUGAAAAUGGAUGUUCUGAAUGCUUUCAAGUAUCCCCUGUUGAUUGGCAUUGGUCUGGCCACUGUCAUUGGACUCUUAUCCUGCCUCAUUGGCUACUGCAGCUCCCGUUGGUGCUGCAAGAAGGAAGUGCAGGAAACAAGACGAGAGCGUCGCCGGCUAAUGUCGAUGGAGAUGGACUGA